GGCGGGUGGUGAUGGAAGUGUGAGGAGGCGGCGGCGCCGGGGCCCGGGGACCGAGAGGCGGCGCGUGGCGGCGGCGCAGCGCGGGAGAGGCGAGGAGCCGGGGUGGGGGCGCUGGAGCCGCGGUGCCGCCGAGGCUCCGAAGCCCGCGCCUCCGUGGCCCCCCCGACGCGGGAUCGGUCGAGCCUCCUCGACUCGGGCGGACGCCCGUCGACCCGCCAGCCCCGUGGUCCGCCGCCGCCCGGGCCGCCCGGGUGCUGGGGGCAGGCUUCCGGGCACCGCGCGCGGGGGCUCGGCGCGCUCAUUCAUUCAUUCAUUCAUUCUCCGCCGACGGGAGAGCUGCAGCGUCGGGCAGACCGGAGUGCGAGGGGACCGCCGCGAAUGAAGAGCCGGGUGCGAACCAGGCUCCAUUGUGCUCGGCGGCGGGGGGCGGGAAGGGGCUGAGGGAGGUGGGAUCGGGGCCCCCUCCCCCUGCUCCCCGGCGCGCGCGGCGCCCCCAGCCUGCUGCCAGCCUGGAAAUGGCUCCGUUUAUUCUCCUCGGGAGAAUGAAUCGAUCCUGCCCCGUUUUCUCUUCCUCCUCCCCACCUCCCCUCUGCUCCGAGUCUUAGGAGGGGACGCAGCCGAAAGACAGAUUCCUAUGUGGAGUGCCGCGCACGUCUCGAGCUGCCGGGGUUUGCACUUCGAGGAGAUUUUUUUCUACGUCGCUUUUCUUUUCUAACGUGUGCGCAGGGAAGCAGUGGGCAUUACUGCCUUUCAGAUUUUUUUAUUUUCACGUAGGGCUUUCUCUAAAGUGCACGUCGCAUUGGGUUGCACGCUCCACCCCCAGGGACCUAGCGUGGUGGAGAAAUUUGAACCCGCAGCCUUAGUCGCCGCCGAAGAGGCCGAGUUACCUGGCUCUCGUGAGUGUGGAGGAGGACACGGGCGAAAUGACCACCGAACUCGUGUUUCAUAGGACUCGGUGAAGCUGGAUCCUGCGUUUUUCCGUCGACACAGACUCAUUUUUGUGGAAUAGAGUUUGACCGCGGUCUCCUCCGCGCAGCAUUUUACGUGUCAUAAGCAAAUGCCACCGCUGUUUGAACGCUUUGAUCUUUACGAGAAAGAAAGAAAAUUUACCGAAGGGAACUAAAUUGAUGUGUCAACAUCACUGAAAUACCUCCAGAAAAGGAUCGCGGGGGGUGGAAAAGCAACUGCGAAAUUGACGGAGACAUUCCUUUGGAAGUUAUUCCGUAGCCUAAGAGCAGAAACUUCAGAGCAAGUUUUCAUUGGGCAAAAUGGGGGAACAACCCAUCUUCAGCACCCGAGCUCAUGUCUUCCAGAUUGACCCAAACACAAAGAAGAACUGGGUACCCACCAGCAAGCAUGCUGUUACUGUGUCUUAUUUCUAUGACAGCACAAGAAAUGUGUAUCGGAUAAUAAGUUUAGAUGGCUCAAAGGCAAUAAUUAAUAGCACCAUCACCCCAAACAUGACAUUUACAAAAACAUCUCAAAAGUUUGGCCAGUGGGCCGAUAGUCGGGCCAACACAGUUUAUGGACUUGGAUUCUCCUCUGAGCAUCACCUUUCAAAAUUUGCAGAAAAGUUUCAGGAAUUUAAAGAAGCUGCUCGACUAGCAAAGGAAAAAUCACAAGAAAAGAUGGAACUUACCAGUACACCUUCACAGGAAUCAGCAGGUGGGGAUCUUCAGUCUCCUUUAACACCAGAAAGUAUCAAUGGGACGGAUGAUGAAAGAACUCCUGACGUGACACAGAACUCAGAACCAAGGACUGAACCAACUCAGAAUGCAUUGCCAUUUUCACAUAGUUCAGCAAUCAGCAAACAUUGGGAAGCUGAACUGGCUACCCUCAAAGGAAAUAAUGCCAAACUCACUGCAGCGCUGUUGGAAUCCACUGCCAACGUGAAACAAUGGAAACAGCAGCUGGCUGCCUAUCAAGAGGAAGCAGAGCGUCUGCACAAGCGGGUGACGGAACUUGAAUGUGUUAGUAGCCAAGCAAAUGCAGUGCAUACCCACAAGACAGAAUUAAAUCAGACAAUACAAGAACUGGAAGAGACACUAAAAGAAAAGGAAGAGGAAAUAGAAAGAUUAAAGCAAGAAAUUGAUAAUGCCAGAGAAUUACAAGAACAGAGGGACUCUUUGACUCAGAAACUACAGGAAGUAGAAAUUCGGAACAAAGACCUGGAGGGACAACUCUCUGACUUAGAGCAGCGUCUGGAGAAAAGUCAGAACGAACAAGAAGCUUUUCGCAAUAACCUGAAGACACUCUUAGAAAUUCUUGAUGGAAAAAUAUUUGAACUAACGGAAUUACGAGAUAACUUGGCCAAGCUACUAGAAUGCAGCUAAGGAAAGUGACAUUUCAGUGCCAACUGACUAAAAGAUAUACAUACUGUCUCUCUUUGUAGGACUGUUUGGGCUCUGCAUCAAGAUUGCACAAAAAAUUUGAAUACCACUCCUCCGGGAGGAGGACCUUUUGAAAAUUGGAAUUGUAUAUUUCAGUGUAAAUUUUAGAAUUCAGCUUGUAGCCAGUUUGAGAGGAAAAAAAACAGAGAUGAAAAACUUGAACUACAAAUUACCUCCAUGUAUAUUAUUGGCCAUAGUUAACUGGAAAGUUUUAGAAACCUAAUGCAAUCUUUUUUCUGAUAUUAGCCAAUGGGAGAAUUAUCAUUGUCUGGGUCACAUCCCACUUUUGUGUUCAACACAGUGAAGGUUAUCUGCUUUUUCAGUUAAUUUAUUUAUGAUAUCUAAAGCUAUGUUUUGUGCAAAAACUUAGUGAUGAAAGCCCUGUCUUUUGUUGUAUUGGAAUAAUUUCUCAGGAUAUUUUUGCACUGCUGAGAAGUGGUGCCAUUACCAAUUAAUUCUUGCCAGAAGUGAGAGAGAGCUGCAUCUUGAAAUGAAACAUACUUACUAUAACUGGGUGUAUAGAGUUCUUCCCUUUUUUUAUACUGGAAGAUAUUUCACUCUGGAGACCACUCUGGUACACUCUGGUAUUCUCUAAUCUUGUCCACUGUAUAGUUUACUUUUCCAUAUUGAUUCCAUGUACUUAAGAGAAGAUAUUGUCUCCCAUUUUAUUACACAUUUUAAAGCCAACUAAUGAAGGCAGCUGAGUCCCUCAGAAAUCUUUCUUUUUAAAUUUCUAAUAAAUUUGACACAAAGUACUGAACUACAGCAGCCCACCGCGGACGGGCUGGCCUAGCAAUGUUAAGUAUAUUUACAGAAUAUGCAGUUACAUUUAUUUAUAUAUUUUGCAAGAAAUCUUUUCUGAAUGAUCAAUGCAUUUCAAUUUACAAAUAGUGGUUAUUGGGGAACUGUUUAUUAUAGAUCAUUUUAAGGUGUAUAGCUAUUUUAAAGGGGAUUCAUUUCCGUCCAACAACAGCCUAUCAGAGGACUCUUGGGAUUGGAGCUGUGUACUCUGGGUCUUCACACCCCCACAUCUCUAUUCAAACCUCACAAGGCAAUAUUCUGAACUGUUAUCGAGGCAUUUCAAAAUGGGAACUCAAUUCAAUAGGCUCUUCUCAGUGAGCAGGUUUUAAUGUUGUUUUGAUGUAAUUUUAAAAGACUUUUAGCAAACAUGCAUUUCUUUAUAUAAUAUAUUUAUUUUAAGAGGCUAUUUUAAAAGUAAGCCAAGUGCUGUCUGCUUACGGAGUAGGAACUGCAUCAAAGUCCAUAUAUUCUUGCUGUACGAUGCCUGUGAAGUGGAAAAAGGUUCUUUUUUAAAGUAUCAGCCUGAGUUUCCGGCUUGAUAGAAUCUACAAAUGCACUGACAUUUUGUCUGUACCCCAAAACAAUUGGAUUGUUAAGUACAAAAUUAAGCUAAUGAGUCAAUUUGUAACCAUUUUUUUUCACUCACAAACAGCGACUCUAGUCGAUUUUAUUUUAUAUAUGUAUGUGUAUGUAUGUAAAUACAUACAAAUUAAUUUAUAUUAGAGUGAAAAAAAUAAAAGGUUUGUUUUUAAAGUUAGUUUCUAAAGUGAAUUUUCAGAUGUCUCUGAGAAGUUUAUAUCAGACACUCAUGUGCUGUGUGUGCCAUAACAUCAUUUUAGGGUAUUUUUGUCACUUAUUUAGUAUAGAGAGGACAAUUUAGAUACACAAUGUUAGAUACACAAACUCAGAGGUGAGAUUUUUCUCUGAUAAAUCAGGUAAUAAAAUGUAUUUGAUAAAGGUACUUUGAAGUACAUGUGAGGUUAUCCCACAAUUUCUGAGUAACAAAGAGUACCAGAUUUAACACUAGGAAUCAGGGAAUUUAGUUAAUGAAAAGUUAAAAUUAAAGCAGUGUAAGCUGUUGAAUGGUAAGUGAAUUAUUUUAAUGAUUAAUAUGAUAUUUUUCAAUUUUGACAUAGCUUUCAUUUAAUGGGAAAAUUGCUUACCCAAAUGCCUCCACUUGAAUUGUAUUGAUAGGUGAGACAUGUACAAUUCAAUAUACACAUAUGCCCGUGCAUAUAUACAGAAAAUUAUUUUUAAUAUUUUCCUACUGAUAGCAAAUUUAAAAUCAGAAGUUUUGUGAGUUUUUCCUUGUCAAUAGAGUCUGAUAUUUUCCCUUUUUUAGUGAUUUAACAAUUUCUUGAGGGCUGCACCUUUAAAUUCCCAGAUUGUAAUUAGAAUGUACAGUAAAUGGGAUAAGGUGAACACAAGUGCACAUAUAAAUAAAAUCUUAAUUAAGACCAUUUAAACAUUCAUUUACAGAGUAAGAGUAGAUAUCAUCAACUCAUGAUUAGGAUGUGUGCCUACUGUAGUUUUAUCCAUUUCUGUAUGAUAUAAAUAAAAGUUUGCAUACUAAAAUUUGAUUUUUCCCAGAGACAAGCACUAUAUAGUAUAUCUAUUUAGAUCAAACUGUGGUAAUCUAUUUAUCAGGAAACAAUGUUGGGGACUGUAGCCUGAAUAUGUGGACUUAAAGUAAUACAGAAAUGAAGAGCAGACAUGGAUUCCAUUGUGUAUAAGUUAUUAUGUGACUGCUAUGAAUUCUUGUAUAAAACAAAAACAAUGAAAAAAAGAAAAACAAAAAUACAGUUUUUAUUUUGAAAUACAUUUGUUGUUCUGUGGAGAAUGUAAUUUAUCUUUAUUUUCCUUCAGUCUUUUACAGAUAUUUACAAACAUUUAAGUGAUGGCAGCAUUUACUUAAAUCUUACAGGUGCUAUGGACUUUGCUUUAGUGCAUUAUGUUGUGAAAUUCUUUGACAUUUGACAUAAAAGGUUUUAUAGGCAUUUCCCUACUUGGAAAAUUAGUUUUAUUUCUUCUCUGUCUCUCAUUCUCUCUCUCUCCUUCCUCCUCCCCUCCCCUCCCCCUCCUCUCCCCUCUCUCUCUGUCUCUGUCUCUCUCUCUCUCUCUCUCUCUCUCCCCCCCUCUUCAGUCCCUCACUUCCUCUCUCCUCCAACCCCCCCCUUCUGUCUUUCUUUCUCUAAUACUGUUUCUGCAGAUGAAGAAAAAGUUCAUGAAGUGGCGUCCUUGGCCCUGUAGAGGAACGUGUGCACCAACUUAGAUUUAAUGUUUUGCUGUCAUUAAACUUCAGGAGUUACAGGAGAAAUGUUUUUUUCCCUCCAGGCAGACCUAAAGACACCACCGCCUUUAAAAGUCAUUUCUUUGCCCUUUAAAAGUAAAUUCAUUCUCUAACUUGUGCUCUUAGCGGUCUUCCACUUGUUGUUAAGUCUGGAGUAUGCAGCUCAGCUGAUCACUCUCUCCUUAAGACCCUGUGAUUCUUUGUCGGUUCUGGAUUAGGAGGCGGGCCAGAGGGAACAUCUGUUGGCAGUAUGUUUAUUUGUUUUUCCAAAAAAUUCUUUCAUUUACUUGGUAUCAAGUGGUUCUAACAUCCUGAAAUUCUGUAUUUGAAAUCAUAAAAUUGUCUUUAUUGAAUUUUGUCUUCUGGAUAUUUAUCAUUGUUUAUCAUGCAUGAUGUAAAUUUAUUUAUAUAAAGUCCUAAAGAAGAAAAUUUUUAGGGAAGAAGUUGAGAAUGACACAUUCAUUUUUUUUUUCUCAAGGAGCAUUGCUGUAAUGAGCAUUUGUUGAGAAGACAAUUUUCAUGUGAGAGAAUAUUUUAAAAUUCCUAGAGAAAGAUCAUUUUAGAAUGGACCAGAUGUAUUAGUCACCUUUAUAUAUUUAUAAUCAUCUUAUUUAAUAUUCUUCCUAAUAUUUAUGUUGAAUUCGACCUUACAUCCAAGUUUUUCUCUAUGGGAAACAAAUAUAUAGAAUGUUGCUCAAAUAUAAGCAUGAUUACUGAAUUAAAGAUGUGAAAUGCUUUUCAUUUUUGUUUGCAUGUCACCUAGGAAAAUAACUGACAAUUUUAUUCAAGAAAAAAAUACUAAAAAUUUAGUCAGCACUACACUGCCUCCUGAUUUCUGUUUUGUAUAUUAGAUAGAAAAGGAAGGUGAAUGGAGGGUGCUCAGAGGCUGGGCGCAGGCUUGACAUGCAGGAGGCCCGGGUUUGAUCCCUGGCGUUGCUGGGAGUAAUCCCUGUGGACAAAGCUGAAUGCACCCCUCAGCACUGGGUGUGACCCCAAAACAAACACAGUUUUAUUAUAUAAGCUGCCAAAGCAAGCACUAAACAGACAUACAAAAAAAAAAAAGUUGUAAGUUCAUUUUACCCAAACCAGGUGAAUCGUGAAGAGAAAUUAUGUAGAUAAGAAUGAAGAAAAGGACACAAGCUCCCAAUAGGCUUCUAACCAAUACUCUUAUUUUUAAGGGGGGGGGGAACUCUUUAUUUCUUAAGGGGAGAUCUCCCUUAUUUUUCAGGGGGAAUCCCCCAAGCAGCGUGGAGGGGCCUUGAGGCUACUCUCUGCAGUACUCAGCCAACCUGGCCUAAUGCUUCAGUGCUUGAGCCCGGCCAUGCAGCAGUGCUGGGGGUCCCCAGGGUCACACCCAGCUUUGCUGGGGAGCCCUACAGUGCUCUAGUUCAGACUCCGUUCUUCUGCAUGUGGCCCUGAGUCCUGAGCCAUCUCCCUGGCCCUAAUGCUCUAAUAUCUUCAGAGGCCGUCAGGAUCUUGCACACUAGGGACGCCUUUCAGAGGAUACCGAGAGUCUCUGGGUGAGGAGAGGAGUGUGAGGCCUCAGAGGCAGCGCAGGCAGGCAGGCACUCCCCCUCCCCAGGUGGCAUCAAAUCCCCAGCACCACAUAUGCUCCCACCAAGCACCACCAGGGGUCACUCUUGAGCACAGAGCCAGGAAUAGCCCCUGAGCACUGCCAGGUAUGGCCCAGUGCCCACCCCUCCCCCUAAGAAAGAAAAGUAGGAGAACAGUGCUCCAGUUACUCCCUUGGAAGGCACUUGAGGGUAGCCAGAGACACGAGGUUUGUUCCCUACUUGCUGCUGCUUUAACUAAAGGAGCUGGGAUUGUCCUAAUGAAUGUCACGGACUUUUGGAAAACGCCGUACUUUGGUCAGGACCUGCUAUCCAAGAUGAACACCUAACUCUCAGAGCACCCUCUUCUCUGGGACUCUGACCUGCUCUUGUCAGUUAUUUUCAUGUCAGAUCUAUCCAGGGACAGAAAUAUUACUGUUUUUCUCCUAAUAACACCAAAUUAAGGUGAUAACUGGUGCCUAAAAAUUGCAAGGUUCAGCUCAUUUCUGUAGCACAGAGAAAUGCCU